UACAUUUUGAAUUUUUAUAUGAAUAAAUAAUAACUAAAUUAAAAAAUAUUAAAAUGAAUAACUUGCAAAUGCAAAUAUUUCAAGAUUUUGUUCUAACAAAAAAUCAAACCGGAAAUAACAUUAUACGUGCGUUUACUCAUAAAAAAAAAAUACUACAUGAUGUAUUAGUAUCUAAUGUACUUGAUGAUGAUGAUGAUGAUGAUGACGAUAUACUCCUUAAUUAUCGACAGACAAAGAGCAAAAUUUUAAACUUUGUAGAGACCACUGUAGUGUCAUUCUCAGAUUGUGAGUUCAAAGCACAUUUUCGGUUGAGUAGAACUACCAUUGAGGUAAACAGUUUGAAAAUAUUUAAGCAAUUGUUGGUAUAA